GCGAGGCUCUCUUCUUCAGCCUGAUCUCGGCCUGGUCGCUGGUUGUUUCCUGUAACGUCCAGCCACGUUACAAAUGGUUCUCGUCCCAAGGAAAAGGUGCUAGCUGUGACCACAGCGAAGCACUUGUUGAAAGAGAUUCAGCAUCUUUCACCUGACAUGCAAACGUCUGGACUAGAAGCUUUCCAUAGCCCACUGAUCGGGUUUGCACCCAAGUCAGUAGGCUAUGCAGAGCAGGACAUUACUAGCCAUUCUGCAUUUUAAUGAGAAUUCUGAACGAGAACACACUAUGACCAAGGAGGGAGAACACCGGUAUCGCAUCAAGGCAUCCAAGACAUACAAGGGAGAGCAUGUUGCACUGCCGAUCAAGGAGGAGCCCAUAUUCAACUACUUCCAUCAGCUGAUUGACAAAGCUGUUGACCUAUGCAAUGAGUGGCCUACUUUUGAUGCCGCAUUUGAAGCCAACCCUGAUGGCAAUCCCCUAACUCUGACUGAAAGCAACCCAGCACCAGAAAAAUAUGCCCUUGUUGCUCAGAGACUCCACCGACUAGAACCAUGUCACUGUCUGCAGUUCAAAUCUUAGGGUAUGAAAGGCAGGAGCGUUGUGUGAACACAAGAAAGGGAGGGAAAUGUGCCACAUACCGUUACGACACCAUGGAUGUUCUCUACGGUCCUUCUGAUGGCAUGAUGGCGUUUCCUGCAAGGGCACAUAAUUGUCAGCUGGAUGGAAAAGUGUGGCUUCCACACCCAGACAGGAAGAUCUUUUUUUUUUAUCUAUUACAGAAAAAAAAAACAAUUACGACAGCAUAGGGGUAAAGCAGCGUGGUGGUGAUUUAGGCAGGAUCCAAAAUUAUCAAUGACGGAUUUCUCUCUACAGUGCUGGUGCAGCCGCCACCGCAUCACUGCCAUCGAAAAAUCAAAAUUUACUGAGGGAGGAAAAAAAAAAUAAUGAGAAUAAUAUCAACAGUUACAGUAGAGCUCCCUAACAUUUUAGUACCCAAUCCUAAAAAUGCACAGUGUUGUCUCGCAUUUUUGAAUAGUUGCUGCUCUGCAUUCUGCUUCGCACUAUUUUGAAAUUAAUCUACGGAGGUUGUCGCUCAUAUAGUACGUGAAACAGUGUGCUUGUGUAGCAAACUACAAUGCUAGCCUCCCACAGAGUAAGGUGGCAUAUAACACCAACAGAUUGCAAGAAG